AUGCACUGUCAAGUGCCAGCACGUCGUGUCUUCGUCUUCUCCCAUCCUCGCACUGCUUGUCAUGUCGUGUUUCAACUCCUCUCAACGCAUCCGGCAUUCCGAGUUGUAACGCCGUUCUAUUGCGCUGCUGCAAAUGAAAUUAGUUCAGGUUUGGAAGCGCAAGCACCUCGCAGCGAGCAAGACUGGCUGGAUCUUCUGGGGAUGAGCGACGGCGAUGCUUCCAAAAUCACUUUGCAAGGGAGUAUAGAUGGCUUGCAGAGGGAGGUUGCUGAAGCUGAAGUUAAUGGGAAGUGUGCUCUGACGAUGGACCACCCUUCCUUCGUGAUGGCAUUAUCACAACUCCAAGCUCAUCUCGGCAUUCGAGGAUGCGAUGUAAAGCCAACUCCCGUGGUUGUGGACCGGAUGUUGGACGUUGUUGGUGGCACUGCGUACUCUCAACUCGACGCCGGGAUAACUCCAGAGGCCCCGUAUCCCAACCCAACAUUACUCCCCGACCGAUUCUUCUUCUCAUUCACACCGAUCAUUACUAUCCGCCAUCCCGCUCGAAUCAUGGCCUCUGUUCUUCGAGCCUUACAACGCCUUGGAGAUGAUAUUUCCCACCCGGACUUCGCUGUACACGGAGAAAGCCUCCGGCCAGUGCGUCUGGUUUUCGACAGCUUCAAGUCUUACGAGGAAGCAUGUGCAGUGGCAGAGGGCCGGAAGGCAAAGAUUCCCAUUGUGAUUGAUGGCGACAAGCUCGUUAGGAACCCCCAAGGUCAAAUGAAGAAGCUAUGUACGUUGAUAGAUAUUGAUGAGAGCCAGUUGAAGUAUUCUUGGGACCCACCUAGGCUUGUGGAACAUACCAAAACGGGCCGAGGAUAUCUGAACGAGUUUAAUCGGUCUACUGGGAUUUUCUCCAAUCCGAGGGCCAAGGAGGUUAAUAUGGCGGAAGAAGUGAGAUAUUGGAGGGAAGAGUGGGAUGAGGAUAUCGCGAGAAUCUUAGAAGAAAAGGUCGCUGCGCAAAUGGAGGAUUACGAGUACUUACUCCGGUUCAGUUUGUGA